AUGAAGGCAACUCUUGCGGUCGUUGCGGGCUUCGCCGCUACGGUGAUGGGACAUGGUUUCGUUAACAACUUCACGACUGAUGGACAGUACAACCAGGGUUUCUUACUGGACUACUACUACCAAAAAGUCAACACCGGUUCCUUCCCCAACAUAGCCGCGUGGUAUGCAGAAAAUCUCGACAGCGGCUUCGUCGCUCCUGACGCCUACGGCACCGCCGACAUCAAUUGUCACAAGAACUCGGCGCCCGGUGCCAUCACCGCCUCUGUCAAGGCCGGCGGCAGCCUGACUUUCUCUUGGGGCCCCGACGCGUGGCCGCACCCAUACGGCCCUAUCUUGGCAUACGUCGCUGCGUGCAAUGGCGACUGCUCCAAGGUGGUCAAGACGAAUCUGCAGUGGGUCAAGAUCCAGGCUGAAGGCAUCGAUUACUCGAGCCAGGUGUGGGCGAGCCAAAACCUGCACGGAGCCAACUCUCCAAACGGCGCACAGAACUACCCUCAAUGCUUCAACAUUGCUGUUACGGGUUCGGGAACCAAGACGCUUCCUGCUGGUACUGCUGGCACGGCGCUCUAUAAGUCGAACGACCCUGGCAUCUUGAUGAACCCAUACACCACUAUCACUAGCUAUGCUAUGCCGGGACCGACGCUGUGGAGUGGUUAA